GCAAUCCAGGCUGUUGGGGGGGAAGACGGCCCUUGCGGUGAGCCGGGCCCUAGGGGCGAGCCAGGCUGUUGCGGGGAUGAAGGUUCUUGGGACGACCCAGGCCCUAGGGGCAAUCCAGGCUGUUGCGGGGAAGACGGCCCUUGCGGUGAGCCGGGCCCUAGGGGCGAGCCAGGCUGUUGCGGGUAUGAAGGCCCUUGCGGCGACCCAGGCCCUAUGGCAAUGAAGGUUCUUGGGGCGAGCCAGGCCCUUGCGACGACCCAGGCUGUUGCGGAGAUGAAGGCCCUUGCGGUGACCCAGGCCCUAGAGGCAAUGAAGGUUCUUCUGGGGAUGAAGGCCCUUGGGGCGACCCAGGCCCUACGGGUGAGCCAGGCUGUUGCGGGGAAGACGGCCCUUGGGGCGACGAAGGCCCUAGAGGCAAUGAAGGUUCUUGUGGUGAGCCGGGCUGUUGCUGGGAAGACGGCCCUUGCGGUGAGCCGGGCCCUAGGGGCGAGCCAGGCUGUUGCGGGGAUGAAGGUCCUUGGGACGACCCAGGCCCUAGGGGCAAUCCAGGCUGUUGCGGGGAAGACGGCCCUUGCGGCGAGCCGGGUCCUAGGGGCGAGCCAGGCUGUUGGGGCGACCCAGGUCCAAGGGGCAAAGAAGGUUCUUGUGGGGAUGAAGGCCCUUGGGGCGAGCCAGGCUGUUGCGGGGAAGCUGGCCCUUGCGGUGAGGCCGGGCCCUAGGGCGAGCCAGGCUGUUGCGGGGAUGAAGGUUCUUGGGACGACCCAGGCCCUAGGGCAAUCCAGGCUGUUGCGGGGAAGACAGCCCUUGCGGCGAGCCGGUCCUAGGGGCAAUCCAGGCUGUUGCGGGAAGAAGGCCCUUGCG